AGGCCGAAACACUAUCAAGUCAAAUGGAAGAUUUGGAGAGCGGCCAAGGCACCAGUACCCUCCACCAAUCUAAUAAACAUCCAUCUGAAUGGCCGGCUAUCGAUAAAAUUUGGAAGAUGAAGAGAAGGCAUACAGCAGCUCUAGAACUCACCAGAUUGCUAGCGGAGAUGGAUACUACGUGGGAAAACAGUUUUAGUUCUACAGUACCGGACAAGACGAUUUCCUUGGGGAAAGCAGACUGUUUGGACGAUGGUGUUAUUAAAAUAGAAGUACAAGGCAAAGAACGAGAAGGGGAAACAUCCAACACCACUGAAGGAGGUAAAGGAGGAGAAGGUGCAAAGAAGGUCGAAGGACGAUGUGUGAGGAAUCAGACAAUUAAUUACACCCCAUUGCUUCUUGCAGCUAGCGAAGGAAUAGUAGAAAUAGUUGAUGAGAUACUUAAAGAGCAUCCUCAGGCGAUUGAGCACGUUACUAAGGAUGAGGAAAACAUAUUGCAUGUGGCCAUUAGAUUCCGCCAAAUGGAAAUCUUUCGCCGUGUAAAGAAGAUGAAAGCAAUAAUGGAAUGUAGGUUAGCUUCAAGGAUUGACAACAAAGGCUACACCAUAUUGCAUCAUGUCGCCGAUAUGGGGAACUAUGAUGGAGGAACCAAAGCCGGUCCUGCACUCCAAUUACAAGAGGAGUUAAAAUGGCUUGAGCGUGUGCGAAAGAUAAUGCCCUCUCAUUAUGUCAUGCACCGUAACAAUGACAAUAAGACUGCAGACGAGCUCUUCAAAGCGAAUCACUCUGACCUUCUCAAGAAGGCCCAAAAGUGGAUAAAGGAGACCUCUCAGUCGUGCUCUGCUGUUGCUGUCCUGGUCGCGACUGUCGUUUUCGCGGCUGCCUACACCGUUCCGGGAGGCAAUGAUGACACAGGUCGUCCAAUUUUCCUUCACUCUCCAUUCUUCUUGUUCUUCACCAUCAUGGACGUUGUCUCCCUUGCCAGCUCCUUGACUUCUGUCGUGAUGUUCCUAUCAAUUCUGACUUCUCCUUUUGAGCAAGAAAAUUUCCUCAGAUCUCUCCCUCGGAAGCUGAUGGUGGGGUUCACCCUACUCUUCUUCUCCGUGACAACGACCAUGCUUUCGUUCACGGCAACCAUUUUGCUCAUCAUUCGCCUUGAGAAGAAAACAUGGACUACAACUUUGAUUUACACUGCCGCAUUCCUUCCCGUCUCCGUAUUUGCGCUUAUGCAGUUCCCUUUGUACCUUGCAUUCACCAGUUCUUUGCAUUCCGUUUUAAAGAGAAUAAUGAAGAAAGCACCUCUCCUGAAUCAACUUCCUCGUUUCUUUAAGACCUCUACGGGUAAGAUCUAUUGAGACUUGAUGUGAGAGUUGUACGUAGCUUACAAGUAAUUAACAGCAAGAACCAAUAACUCCUUUCAAGAUGGGCUUUUUUCUUUUUCUUAUUUUUGGAUUUUGAUACUAAUUAUAAUGGUAAAUUUUUAUUUCUCAGUAUGAGAAAAAGAAUUGCCACAAAUGUUACGAUCAUGUUCAGUAUGAUCGAGCUUGCUUAAUACAUAAUAAAAUAAUAAGAAAUUAUAAUGU